AUGGCGCCAACGAUAUCAUCCGGCCUGGACCUGCAGCGUUUUGCCUUCAAGCACAAGAGAUAUAAACUGCAGAAUGUUUUUGUGUAUGUGCUCAGAUCAGCUUUCUUCUCAGCCAUUGUCUGGCUGUCAAGCCUUCCUCAUCAUCGCACCAUGGCGAAGGGACGCAACAAGAGCGGCAAGAAGAAUGUUGACAAUGCUCAGGAUAAGGACGUGGCUGGCGUACCUGACGUACCUGUGAAGGAUCCUGUUGGCAAUGGGAGGCCUCCGUCAAGCUCCGCAUCUGCUACUGUGCUUGGUCCUUUUGAAGCUCUCCUGGACCUGCAGGACAACGUUGAUCAGGAUGCUGGAUCAAGCCGGCAGAAGCCUGACGGGGAGGAGGAGACUGCUGACGACUCUCAGAGGCCUGCUGCUGAGGAAGGAACGCAUGCGGAGGUCGACGCUGAUGAUAAUGCGGAGGAUGGUGAUGACACGCUGCUGGCUGAGACCCCCGAUGAUGAGGAUGAUGGUUACCUGAGUGAUGACUCCAAUGAGUACUUGGAGCCGGACUCGCUUAAUAGUGUCAUUGCUCUGAAGCGUUUUUCACUAACCUUGCUGGUGCCGAUCCUCAGGAAGGCAGAAGUUAAGCGUGCUGCUGUAACAGUAGCCGCGAUGUUGGAUGACUGGAAGGAACAUUUAUCGCCGGACGUGCUUCAGACUACAACGUGCCAGGAUCUUCCGGCGAUGUAUCUCUCCGGCGCGCGUUAUGGUCGCCUACAAGUCACUUUCAACCACGUUCGUGACGCGAACUUCGUUUGGAACCAGGUUAUCCGUCACGAGUGUGUCAAUGGGGACUUCAUUGAUCUCACCUGGCAGCACCCGGAGGAUGCGCGCUUCUUGCGCGAGCGUGUGCUGAACCCUAUGGCUAAGGAGGUUGUGGUUAAAGGCGUACCAGCUGAGAUAACGGCGGAGUUGAUUCGUCACCUGUUGGUGGUGUCGAAGCUGGUCAAGCGCGGCAGGAGCGCGUUCGCCAGCGGUUUUGGUUUUCAUCGGACGGUUGACCCGGUGUCUGGAUUGGAUACUGACCUUAUCCUCACCUCUACAGGAGGCGCGCGGGAGGAAUGGGUCUGUGUCCAGACGGCAUGCGAGAAGGCGCAAGGAAAUCGGUUCGAACAGGCAUCUGCUCACAUCGCGUCUGCUCGGCACAAAGGGGGGCUGCGGAAGGAGGGAUCUGCAACUCGUGCCAGCAAAUCCUCCCAGAAGCUGCUUGCGUUCAAGAAGGAGUACAUCACAAAGCCGAUGAAGUGA